AUGCCUGUCUCACAGCGAGAGCGUGUCGCUAUAAUAGGGGGUGGUUGCACGGGAAUCACCUCGUUCUGGGCCUUGCAGAGGUCCGGUCAUGACGUCCACCUUUUUGAAGCCUCUGAUGCUCUCGGCGGGCGUAUCAAGUCACUGCCUUUCGAGCAUGAGGGCAUUCAAACGAACGUGAAUUCAGAAUCAUCAUCUGUCUACAAUGUUGAGGCCUCUCCAAACUUGGAUUCAUUGCUGCGCUACCUGGGAGUGUCGACGAUCAGACAUCGAUUCAGCGUCAGGGUAACUGACGGAGAUCGCAGUUCCUGGUGGAGUGACAGUCUAUUGCAAAGCAUCCUUCUGCGGCCCUGGAUCCUUUGCCGCAAGGAGACGUACGUGUUAUUGUCGGAUAUCAUCUGGCUCAAGUUCUUAGCCAUCGACGUGCUACGUAAGGAUGUCUCGCCAUGCACGACCAGUAACAUUGAUUCACUUCUCUCUGCCAAGAGAUAUCUGUCGAAAGAAGGAUAUUCGGCCAGCUUCCGUGAUGAGUACCUAGCUCCGACACUUUCAGUUUUAUGGGGCACAAAUGCUGGCAAGCUCCUUUCACGGCUACCUAUCGAAGCUGCUAUCCGCUGUCUGUAUGACCAUCAACUGCUUUGGCCGCGGCAGAAUGUUCCGAGGUGGCGUAGCAUAGAACGGGGCGCGAGCCGCCUGGUGCAGGUCCUUUCUCGCGAUUUUGAUCCUUCUAGGGUACAUUUAGAGGCGAGAGUCCGACGAGUGACCCGGUACGACAAGAAGGUCUAUAGACUGGUUACAGCAGAUGGCCGUGAGAUUGAUUUUAAUCGCAUCAUUUUCACGGUCGAUAGGGAAGAGAUCGUGCAGAUAUUGGGGCCUCUUGCGAGCGCGCAAGACAGGAAGAUCAUUGGGGCUUUGGGAACAACGAAGAACAUAUCUGUGUUGCAUUCGGAUUCCCUCCUUCUUCUUGAAAGAGAGCAUUCUGGGACCGGCUACACCUAUGUGCUGGAGCCCAUCGUGCCUGGGCGCUCAUCCGAGGACUCAAUGCCCCGGAAAUCUAGCCUCAGCUAUAAUGUUAAUGCCUUGGACAGUAUUUCAGCGUCUCUUUACGGUCCGAUAUACAUCACGCUGAACCCGAUUAUGCCACCUCACCCUAGCAUCGUGCAGAGUGUAUGUGAAUUCACUGAGGCAGAUCCAAGCUUCAGCACACUGCAGGCACAAAAUGAUCUUGCGCUCAUUCAGAACAAACGAGACUUGAGCUACGGAUUCUGUUGGACGGGCCGUGGGCACCUCGAGGAUGCCAUCACUGCAGGCUUGCGGAUUGCGAUUGAAGACUUGAACGCAGAAGUCCCUUUCCCAGUCGAAUUUCACUCCAAACCUUUCGCGGCGGACCUGCCCCGUCCAAGCCUGAGCCUCCCUCUUCACAUAAUCCGGACUCUACUCCGCCUACUCCAAGUUUUUGUUCUUGUUCUGGAACUGCUGGUGCCCUUGCUGCCUGGACCGGCCUCGCGAUUCAUAGUUCGCCGCCACAGACACUUAUCGGGGCAGGAGCCUGGGAAGCUGUCUUGA